AUGUCUUCCGAAUCCGCCCAUGGCGCCAACGCGGAGAGCCUCAGGGUCCCAAGCUCCGACUCGCCUCGCCAGUCCUCCUCCUCCUCCCUGAAGCGCAACUACUCUGGCAAGAAGGAGGCCAUGAACGGGCCGUUGUACAGACAGACGGUCAAUAACACUGUUCUCGUCAGACGUCUUAAGAGGAAAGGAGACGGGCCCUCUAAGCAAUUGGCCCGCUGGUUUGUCGAGAAUCAGAUCGGUUUCUCACUGAAUCUCCUUGCGCUCCUGUUCUGCGCUCACUACCUCCUCCCCAAAUCCCAGUCCUACACGGCCAAGUUUGUUCGUCUUCAAUACUACAAUGCGAACUCGGGAAAAUAUGGCGCUGGUUUUGACGACUCUUACUUUGUCGCCUUCGUUGUUGUCCUCCUCACCGGCCUGCGAGCUGCGACAAUGGAGUAUGGCCUGGCGCCAUUUGCCAAGUAUAUGGGCAUCAGCAAGAAGAAGGAGGUUACUCGAUUUGCCGAGCAGGCCUGGCUUGUCUUGUACUGUACCACCUUCUGGUCUCUUGGCUUCUACAUCUACUACACGUCUCCUUACUGGUUGAAUCUUAAGGAACUCUGGGCGACCUGGCCAAACCGUGAGCUUGGUGGCCUGCACAAGACCUACAUUCUGGCCCAACUAGGUUUCUGGCUACAGCAGAUCUUUGUUAUCAAUAUCGAGGAGCGUCGCAAGGACCAUUGGCAAAUGCUGUCUCACCAUGUCAUCACUAUUGCGCUCAUUAUUGGGUCAUAUCGGUACCAUCACAACGCCGUGGGCAAUCUCAUUCUGGUGCUGUUCGAUGUUGGGGACAUCCUCCUCUCGGGUGCUAAGUGCCUCAAAUAUAUGGGCUUCACGAAUGCCUGCGAUGUUGGCUUCGGACUGUUCAUGCUGGCCUGGUUCGUCUGUCGCCACAUCUUCAUGAACAUGGUCUGCUGGUCCAUCUACGAGCAUGUACCUUAUACGAUGACCUACGGGUGCUUCAAGGGCAACCAAGACAACCUCGUGGGUCCAUUCGAGCAGCCCGAGGGCUACAGUUUCUACCUGCAGCCCUUCCUGUCGUCUGAUGGGCUCUUGUGCCACAAUGACACAAUCAGAUGGACCUUCUUGACGCUGCUGCUGAGUUUGCAGACCAUCUGCAUCGUCUGGUUCGCAAUGAUAGUCAAUGUAGCAGUGCGUGUUAUCAGGGGCGCCGGUGCGGAUGAUACCCGCAGUGAUGACGAGGGCGACGAGGAAGAGGAGGAAGAGUUCGUCUACGAAGAGGCCCAGGCAGUGGAAGAAGAGGUCGGCGUUGACGAGCUUGACUUGAAGAUGUGGGAGCGGAGGACUGGCGUGAAGAGGACGAGCUCCAACGCCACAGGCGUCAGCAUUGCCGGACAUAGUGACCGCAAGGAACUGCUCAACCGUAUUGGCUGCGAGAAGCAGAUCGACUGA